AUGUGUUUCUCCUUGCAGAGGGCAGAGAAGAGCCGUUUGGAGGAGCGUGUAUACCUCCAGGAGCGUGAGAUUAAUCGACUGCGUGGGCGACUGGCCGAUCAAAGAAGCGCGCAUCCUCCGGACCCACGCUUCUGGCCCGUCAUCACAACUACGGCACCGACUGGUAAACCCCCAUUUCUCCCUUUGCUCUAUCUAUCAUUUUGGAUAAAUGACAUUUUCAAGAAGGUCGUGAAAUCGUCUUUCACUGCAGCAUCCUCUCUCUUCAAUACCUACAGCACAUGCGACGAUAUUGAGUACAUUAUUAGGCUUGGAAAUAGUUGCUUUAUUCUCAAUUAUGGUGGACUUGCACCGUUUGUUGGCUCGGUGCUUCUAGGCAUUAGAGGCGAUUGCUGCCUUGAGUCGCAAACUUCGGCAGUCUCGGCCAAGCCAUCUUCAGCGACCGUCGAGAAGGCGCGAGAGAGGCUGAAAGCACUGGAACAGGAGUCUGUAAAUUUGGAGGAAUCUCUUGGCAAAUGGAAGGAGGAGAUUUUUGCAGCCAUACCAAUACCAAAAGUGACGGUGGAGGGAGUCGCAAAGCGUAUCCAGCCAACUAGCUCUACAUUACUGAGAAGUGGUUUUUCAACAGCCUAUUUAAGUAAUUUUAGAACUGCUAGUAGUGUGCCAAUGCUUGGUCAGUUUCCUCCCAGCUGGCCGGUGCCUUUUUUGGUGAGUGGUUAUUGUGCUUAUCACUAA